AUGUUGUCCACCAAGAAGAACAGUACCAGUAUCCUGACUCUAAAGGAAAUCCUGGAAAAUGGCUUUGUUGCAGGAGCCUCCAGCCAUAGCCAUUCUUCUCCUGUCCACAGUUAUUACAUGGAUUCUAGCAGUGCCUCAAAACUCAAUACCUGGGAGCUCUUCAUAGACUUGGACAACACAGCAAAAGGUAGCUCUCUGUAUGUGGUCAAGCAGUCAGAGUCUCUGAAUAGCUGUCUGAAGACUGACCUGCACGGUCAGACCCAGGGAGUCUCUGAUAGCAGUCUUUUCUCUUUCUGCAAGACCCCUCAUGGUCAAACUGUUUUUGAUUUGUCUGGCUUGACUUCUGAGCACCCCAACAGAGGACUGGGGUGCCACUCCAUGAUGGAUGUGGUCUUGCAGAACACAUCAACACCAUGCAAGACAGAAAAGCACUCCAAACCACUGGAGAAUCUGCUUUCCAAGAGUACUGAGCUUGUAACUGACAUCUCAACUGUUGGGAAGCCACCAGCACCCAGAUGGGAGAUUUCUGAAAUAAAAGUCCCCCUGGACACCAAUCUGUCCCUUGACGUAAGUGCUGAAGAGCUGAGGUUGCUGGGAUGUUCAAAACCGGAUACCCCAUCACUGGACACCUCCUCUGUAGUAAUUCCUCUGGCUUGGCCUGGUGCCUUCAAGAGGUGCCCUGCUCUGAUCCAUAGGUCUUCCACCUGUGAGAAUCAGCCAAGUGAUCCUGAGCCUGUAUCUGGGUUUCUGCAUCAAGUCCUGUGA